GUCUGCAGUUCGGCGGGCGGGCAGGGUGACUCUUCAAGCUGGUCACACACGCUAAGAUGGAACAGAUCUGUUCAGCCCUCAAGCCUGGGCCCAGAAACAUCGCCAGGGACUGAGCUUUGCAUUCAGCCCACUUCAGCUAAAAACAUGAAGAAAACAUAACUGGUCAAGACAAGAAGAAUCAAAAAGGUGGCAGUCACAUCGGGACCAGAGCCACCUUGAGGAGCCAGAGCCCGUGACCAUCUCCACCUGGUUGGAGCCAGUGCUCGUCUUUAGCAGCUGACAUCACGAGGAAGAUUAAGGGACCUGGGAACUCUGAGGAGAGUCUUUCCCAGAGAAUGGAGCUUGGGGGCCGAAUUCUCUGGGCCUUUCUUUCUGGCCCCGGGAGGAGAGGAGGCACCAGGGGCUGGCCCUUCAGCUCAUGGCAACCCCAUCUGCCUCUAGCUGGGUCGUUGAAUGCCACAGAGCUGGUCAGCCAGUGGACUGCUAUCUUUGAGAAGAGGGGCAUCCCUGAGGCCCAGGCAUCCAGUGAGUACAUCGUGGCUCAUGUCCUUGGAGCCAAAACAUUUCAGAGCCUGAGACCAGUAUUUUGCACCCAGCCCCUGACCCCUUGGCAGCUACAGUGCGUCCAGGAGCUGAGUAGCCUCCGAUUGCAAAGGAUGCCUGUGCAGUACAUCCUCGGGGAGUGGGACUUUCAAGGGCUCUGUCUGAAGAUGGCCCCCCCAGUGUUCAUCCCUCGCCCGGAAACAGAGGAGCUGGUUGAAUGGGUGCUGGAGGAGGUGGCCCGGAGCCCCUGUGCGGUGGGAGCCCAAGGUGGCCCCCUCAUCCUGGAGGUGGGCUGUGGAUCGGGAGCUAUCGCCCUUAGCCUGCUGAGUCAGCUUCCCCAGAGCCGAGUCAUUGCGGUGGAUAAGGGAGAAGCUGCCAUCUGCCUGACCCAGGAGAAUGCUCAGAGGCUGCAGUUGCUGGACAGAAUUCGGAUCGUCCCCCUCGAUGUAACCUUAGAGGGGAGCUGGGCACACCUCCUGGCCUGGGGUCCCGUGGAUCUGGUCGUCAGCAACCCUCCCUACAUCUUCCACCAGGACAUGGAGCAGCUGGCCCCUGAGAUCCGCAGCUAUGAAGACCCACUAGCCCUGGACGGUGGGGUGGAGGGCAUGGACAUCAUUACCCAGAUCUUGGCCCUGGCACCUUGGCUCCUGAAGGACUCUGGGAGCAUCUUCUUAGAAGUGGACCCAAGACACCCAGAGCUUGUUGGCAGCUGGCUUCAGAGCCGGCCUGACCUGUCCCUUGAUCUUGUGGCUGUGCGCAGGGACUUCUGUGGGAGACAGACCUGCCCUGCAAAUGAUUCAGGGGAGCUCAUGAAAGAAGAAAAGGUUUCCUCAACCAGAAUCGAUACUGUUGUGACCCCGAGGGAGGUGCUCUAAAGGGGCUCUUACAGUUUCCUUUUUCAUGUGUAAAUAUUUAACAUAUAUGGUGGUUGCCUGUCUGACUUAGACAUUGGACUUUUCUUUUUUUUCCAAAGCAUUCCAGUACUGUUUACUGGAUAUUGUGCCUGGUGUCUUGCUGCUCUUUUCUCAUCUGCCUAGGGCCUGUCAUUUACGUCAUAUCACAAACACACAAAGGAUCAAUUCAUAAUAAAUGGACUAAGAAUAUGUGGGCAUCACCAUCCCUGGGGAUCUGACACUCAGCACAGGCACAGUGUGAGACAGAUCCAAACACCAACUUGUGAUGACACCAUUUGGGCCUGAGGGACAUGCAGGGGGGUUGUGACCCUGCCUCAGAGUUCACGGAGGGUGUGACUGUGAAUUGGGAAGGCUUAUUUCUAUAAAAAUAGUUAACAGCAAAUAAAAAUUUCAAAAAGUUAAA